UCUGCGGUGUUAUUUAAAAAUGCCUCAGACUUGCCCUUUCCUAUCCCCCUCGCCUCACUCCCUCACGGCUUUCUCCUGACACCAAGUGCCUGUCUCAGGCUCUGAUUCUGGGGAAGCCACCUCCAGACAGACCAUGCAUCCUGUGGUUUAGAAGUUGGGGUUCUGGGAUGAGAGAGUUGUUCCUUGCAGCUCUGAAGUCUCCAAAACUGUGUGAUUCACUGAACCACACAGCAAAUUAGAAGACACCAGGGUCGCUGUGGUUCACCCGCCGCUGGGCUCCCACACACGCAUCUCAGAGCCAGAUUUCACACUGAGCAGCUGCAGACCGGGAAAUCACAGAAAGCACAAUCCAGCCUCAGAUUCCGAGGGGCCUGCUGGGGACUCUGUCCUCCUGCUCGGGAGGGAAGACCCUGAGGCCGCUAUCCCAGCCCAGGUCCUAGCUGCCAUGGAACUCUCAGCCGCCUCCCGCCGGCUGCCCUCCGCACUGCCAGGCAGAUAAGGGUGGUGCUGCCCCAGGAGCACCUGCGUCCCCCUGCCAGGCCAUCCUCCGUGGCCAGCCCUUCUACUUUAGGCCACCUGUGCUGACCCGGGGCCAUGUAGGCCGCACUCACACCUCUGUGGAUAGACACACCGCUGGGGACAUUGCCUCUGCUCUCUGGGGGACCCCGCGCACCACCAUGCCCCAGGGAUUCGCCUGGCUCCACUAUCUCGGGAUCCUCCUCGGCGUGGCCUUGGGGAACCAGGGUCUGGAGGUGUGGCCUGAGACCCAGAGCAAGGAGUGCACCCUCACCGGCUUCCUGCGGGAAAAGCUGCAGUACAAGAGCCGCCUGCAGUACAUGAAACACUUCUUCCCCGUCAACUACCAGGUCAGAGUGCCUUACGAGGGAGUGCUCAGAGUGGCCAACGUCACCAGGCUGCAGCGGGCCCAGGUGAGCCAGCAGGAGCUGCGUUACCUGUGGGUCUGGGUGAGUCUCAGUGCCACUGAGGCCGUGCAGAAGGUGCUGCUCGAACGCCACCCAUCCUGGAAGUACCUGCAGGAGGUACACACUCUGCUGGUGAAUGUCCAGCAAGGCCUCAGGGAUGUGGAGGUCAGCCCCAAGGUGGAAGCGGUGCUGUCCCUUCUGAGUGCCCCGGAGCUGAGCCAGAAGCUGGUGCGGCCCAAAGCCCUGUUGGACAACUGCUUCCGAGUCCUGGACCUGCUGUACUGCUCUUGCUGUAAACAAAGCUCAGUCCUGAACUGGCGGGACUGCGAGGUGCCAAGCUCUCAGCGCCACAGCCCAGAGCCCCUGUCGCAGUGUCUGGCCUCCUAGCUGGCCCUCUGCCUGCCCGGCAGCCCCCGCCUCGCUGCCCUGCUCCUCAGAAUCCCCGGCUGGCACUGGCCACUGAAACUGCCGAGGGCACAGUGGCAGUUUCCUCCCGCCCCCAGGCCUGUGCGGUCGGUGACUCUUGUGGGGCGCACAAGGAGCUCCCAGUUCCACUGGGCCGAGAUGUCCCUGGGUGGCGGUGGGGAAGCCCCCUUGGGGGAGGAACCGUAGAACAGGUGUCUUUUCUCUCAGGGGGAAUCUGCUCCCCUCCAUACCUCACAUGCUCUUCUUACCUGGGGUGGUGAGGGCUUGGGGACACCUGGAGGUGGACGAGACAGAGGCCCCGGCCCCUCUGGGCACUGCCCAGGCUGCCUCCCCCGCCUGAAGGCCGGGCGGUUGCAAAGGUGAGAGUCAUGCCAGGUGGGCGGGUGGGUGUGGAGGGCUGGACGCAGUCGGGCGGGGGAGAAGGCAGAGCCAAGUGCCGUAUCUUGCCACAGUGGAGUGGGUGCUCUUCCAGUUUAUUUUUUCUAUUAAACACCCGCUUUAUUUCGUUUUGGAUUGUUUUGCUUUGCAUCUGCAAGGGUGAACCUGGAGGCGCUGGGAGCCCCUCCUCCCUCCCAGUCCUGCUCCCGCCCACCAAGUGCCACACUUGGGACAAGGGGCGGGCUGGCCGGACCUGGGGCUGAGGGUUCUGACUUGGGAUGGACAGAGCCUGGCCAGGGGGCUGGAGUGGUGGGCAUUUGAGAGACGGAAUUCCUCUAGCCCUGUCCUAGUGGGUGAGGUCCCAGGAAUGGGGGUGUGGGGAUACCCCCCACCCCGACUGCAGUGCCUCCUGGUCACCCUCCCUCCAUUCCUCCCUGGCUCCCUCAGUCCAACUGGCUGCCCCAAGACGGCCACCAGCAGGGAAGGACCCAAAGCCUCAAAGGUGUAGGUCCUGGCACAAGACCAGCCACUCUUGCCCUUGCUACUCAGAGCCCGGGGCCCCCAAGGAGCCCCACCCCCAGACUGGGCUCCAGGGGGAGGGGCUGGGUGCAGGGGGUGCUGUGGGUGGCUCAAGCAGCAGAGGCCAGGAAGCCAGGCGGAGGCAGGGGUGUUAAUUACAGUACAACUUUAUUAAUACUGGGGUCUUCACAGUGCAUUUGUUACUUGUAGCAGUGACUAUUUAAAUCAAGGGCAAGGUGGGCUGGAGGGGAAGGAGCGGAGGAUAAUUUAUCCAAAAACCGACAAAGAGAAAAGAAACAAAAUGGUUCAGAUGGGGUGGGGGGAUGCGGAGGGGGUGACGGGAAGAAAGAGUGAGGGGAACAAGGAGGGGAGGCCCGGGGUGGGAAAAUAAAUUAACAGAAGAACAAGUUAACAACAGCACCAGAAAAGUUACUUUAGUCAAAAGACUUUGAAAAGAAUAUGUCUCUGUACAAAAUGAAAAAUAAAACAAAUGUAAAGAAGUCCCCCAAACCAAAGUCUGUGAUGC